AUGCAUUUGAAAUCUAUUUGGUACCACCACAACGAGGCCAAUUUUGAGAGACUUGUCUCAUCCUGCCCUGUUCUGGAGGAGCUAGAGAUUAAGGGACGUGUUCGGUAUGAUGCAACAGUCUUUCGGGUGCUCUCUAGGGCAUUGAAGAAAAUCAGUAUAGAAUCAGUGUUUUCUCUGUCUGAUUCUGGUUCAGGAAUUGUGAUUGAUGCUCCUCAACUACACUUUUUGAACAUUGAUGGUAACUUGCCAGAAAGCUUUAUGAUAACCAAUACGGAUUCCAAUGUCAAGUUAGUUCUCCGCAUUCCUUCAUUGUGUGAAGCAAGCAAUCUUUCAUCACAGAAAAGUAGAUUGCAUAGUUUUCUCCCCCUGAUUUCAAAAGUCAAGGAUAUGAGCAUACAUCAAGAAACACUCCAGCUCAUCUGCGAAUACACGAAACUAGAACCGUUGCCUCAGUUUGGUUACAUGUCCUGCCUGCACGUAAUUCUUGAAUCUUCACAUUUGAAAUGGUUACCAAGCUUUCUUGAGAGCUUCCCAAACUUGAAAUCCCUCACCAUGGUUUCCUAUGAUGAUUCUGAGGAGCGGAUCAUGAAUCAUUUCAGUUUUUCACAUGUGCCUCAGUGUUUGCUAUCGUCUCUCGAGUUUGUUGGUUUAAAAGUGCGAAUCUGGGGACUUGCUGCAGAAAUGGAGCUAGUAAGGUACUUUCUAGAAAAUUCGGCACUUCUCAAGAAACUCGCUCCACCUUUGUAUUAUGAUGCGUUUCAGAUUCAAGAUGACUUCGUCAAGAAACUCCUCAAAAUCCCAAGACUCUCUACCAAAUGUGAAGUCGUCUUUCUUUGAUUGUUAAAAAGUAGAGACAAAAUCGUGAGAAAUUUUGUUAGAGAGUUUCUACACUCAACGUUAUGGAUUCUCUAAUGCAAUGGUAGAUAUCUCUCUUCCCUUUGG